AUGCCCGCUCCGACCAACACCCUCCUCAUUGAGGGUUCUUUCUCCGAGCUCUCCGACGAGUUCGCCCAGUACAUCGAUACCCUCCGCAAAGAGGGCAGCCUCCAGUCCGAGAUCGCCCCGCUUCUCGAACCGAUCCGCCAGCAGGAACAAUCCGAGGGCGAGCCUGACCUCAAGCAGCGCGAUGAGGUCCUGAAGAAGCUUGUGGGGGCUGCUACCGUCCUGAACGGUGCCCCCGAGAAGGAGAUCAUCCCUUCUUACAACCUCCUCGUUCACCUUAUCCACCACUCGUCCGACGCUGACGUUUUCCUCCCUCGCAUCUGCACCUAUCUCGCUAAGCCCAUCACCACCUCUCCUCAAUUCGGCCCGACUCUGGCCAUCUCCAUUCUCACUACCAUCUUCAACACUCUGUCCGCCAAUGAUCCCAGCCGGUAUCACGUCCUCCUGGCUAUCGUGGCUGUCAUCCGCCAGUCUGGCUCCGGAUAUGCGUUCGAGGCCCUGAAGCCCAAGCUCACCGAACAGCUGCCUACGUGGUUGGCUGCUUGGGAGCUCGAUGAGGAGGAGACCCAGAAGGUGCACCUGGCCAUUGCUGAUGCCGCUACCGCUGCUGGCGACGACGACCUUGCCCAGGCGCACGUUGUGCAGGCUCUGCAGACCAUUCCCGCUGCUGAUGCCAGCAAGCCCGCUGCUCGCGAGCUGGCUGUUCGCGCUCUCGCCUCCGCUCUGCGCCGCCCUACCGUCUUCGAUUUUACUCCCCUGACUGCCUCCGAUGCCGUCCAGUCGCUCCGCUCCAGCGAUAGCACUCUCUUCGAGCUGCUCGAGAUCUUCACCUCGGACACCCUCGAUGCCUACGAGGAAUUCGUUGCCGCCAACCCUCUCGCUUCCAUCUCCGGCGGUGUCCUCGCCGAGUCCGGCGAGGCCCUGCAGAACAAGUUGCGUCUCCUGACUCUGACCUCCUUGGCCUCCGCCGCCCCCUCGCGCUCUCUCCCCUACGCCACCAUCGCCUCUGCCCUGCGCGUGCCCGCCUCCGACAUCGAGAUGUGGGUGAUUGACACCAUCCGCGCCGGUCUGGUCGAGGGUAAGCUCUCCCAGCUGAAGCAGGAGUUCCUCGUUCACCGCGCUACUUACCGCGUGUUCGGCGAGAAGCAGUGGGCUGAGGUCCAGGGUCGCCUGAUGGUGUGGCGCCGCUCGCUCGAGGGCGUGCUGGACGUGAUCCGCACCGAGCGUGAGCGCUUCGUCCGUGAGGGCAUCCAGGCUGCCGCCGACCAGGAGGCUGCUGCUCAGGGCAAGAACGAGAAGGGCCGCUCCGGCGACCGGAGGCGCAACCAGCAGCCCCGCGAGGUUGAGCCUGUCGCCGAGUAA